ACAAGCAAGCAUGUAGCAGAAGAAGAGAGCAAAGAAAGAAGAGUGAAAUAAUUGAAGCAAUGGGGAAGAGGAAGGUUCUGGUGGUGGGAGGCACAGGGUAUUUAGGAAGGAGAAUAGUGAAGGCGAGUCUUGCAGAGGGCCACGAGACCUAUGUUGUUCAACGUCCUGAGAUAGGCCUUGACAUUGACAAGCUUCAGAUGCUCUUGUCCUUCAAGAAGCAAGGCGCUCGUCUCCUUCCGGCCUCCUUCUCCGAUCACCGGAGUCUCAUCGACGCUGUCAGGAAAGUCGACGUAGUAAUCUGCGCCAUGUCCGGCGUUCACUUCCGGAGCCACAACUUGGUGAUGCAGCUCAAGCUUGUUGAGGCCAUCAAAGAUGCUGGCAACGUUAAGAGAUUUUUGCCGUCCGAAUUUGGAAUGGACCCAUCACGCAUGGGACAUGCACUAGAACCAGGAAGAGUCUCUUUUGACGACAAAAUGAGAGUGCGAAGAGCCAUCCACGAAGCCAACAUCCCUUUCACCUUCGUCUCCGCCAACUGCUUCGCUGGCUACUUCGCCGGAAACCUUUCUCAGAUGGGCACCCUCCUCCCUCCGACCGACAAGGUCACUCUCUACGGAGACGGCAACGUUAAAGCUGUUUAUGUGGACGAAGAUGAUGUGGCGACGUACACAAUCAAAACAAUCGACGAUCCUCGAACUCUGAACAAGACAGUAUACAUAAGACCUCCUGAUAACAUUCUGUCCCAGCGACAGUUGAUUCACAAGUGGGAGAAACUUUUGGGAAGGGAACUUCACAACUCUUGCUUGUCUGAACACGACCUCCUCUCCUCCAUGAAAGGUUCGGACUAUGCAACGCAAGUGGGAAUUGGGCAUUUCUACCACAUAUACUACGAAGGGUGUUUGACGAACUUCGAAAUCGGGCAAGAUGGAGAAGAAGCAUCAGAGCUUUAUCCGGAGGUGAAGUACACGCGCAUGGAUGAAUACCUUAUGAUCUAUCUCGAAGCUUAAACAUCAGCUCAGCAGCAAUUCCAAGUCCAUAUUUACUGAUAAACUUUGGUUAAUAAAUAAAACAACUAGGGAGAGUAUGACAGAUGACUAUAUUAUAAAGCUGUUGUAUAUUCAUAUUUGCUUUGACUA